UUUUCAGAGGUUUAGAUAAAAAAAGGAGAAUAGAUUUGAAUUGAAGAAGUUUAGGAUUGGCAAGAAAUGACUGACUAGUCUUGCCCUGGUUCCUUAGGUAGAACUGUCAAUUUUGAUUUAGGCUAUAUUGUUUAAAGCUAUAUAGAGAUGAGGCUGUGAAUAAUUAAGAGAAUGGAUGAAGUAAAUACACAUUCUUGAGAAGCUUCUUAUCUGAUGUAAUAAACCAUAACAUCCUGUGUUUCUUCUCCAUUCAGAAUGAUACAGAUCUUGGACCCGAGACCCUUGCCCAGCUCCAUCAUGCCUGUGGAUAUGGCCAUGCGAAUUUGCAUAGCCCAUUCUCCACCGCUGAAGAGCUUUCUCAGCCCCCUCGAGGACUGCCAAAGAAACAACUUUGUGAACAGACUCAAACCUCUCAGGCCGUGCCUUCACGUGAAACGUGACUCUGACGAUCAGAAGAGUGACUGGAACCACUCGCCAGCCCGAGCCAAGAAGCACGUUGUGUUUGCAGACUCCAAGGGGCUGUCCCUGACAGUGAUCCACACCUUCUCCGAGUUCCAGGAGCCCCCUCUGUGGGAUCUGCAGUUUGACCUCUUAGGCAUUGAGGACAUAAAACUCCAUGAGGAGAAAAACUUGAUUCUGGGUUUCCCUCAGCCCUCAGCUGACUACCUGGACUUCAGGAACCUUCUGCAGAAGAACAUGGUCUGCCUGGAGACCUGCACCCUGCAAGAGAAGGUGCUGUCAGGUACCGUGAAAGUAAAAAAUGUGAGCUAUGAAAAAAAGGUUCAGGUUCGUAUUACUUUCGAUACGUGGAAGACCUACAAAGAUGUUGAGUGUGUGUACAUGAACAAUGUUUACAGUGAUUUUGAAAAUGACACCUUCUCAUUCACCAUUAAUUUCCCUCCUGCCAUUUCCUCUGAAGAGAAGAUAGAGUUUUGCAUUUCUUACCAAAGUGGAGAACAUACCUUCUGGGACAAUAACGAGGGUCAGAAUUACAAAAUUGUACACACAGAGUGGAAGCCUAAUGGUGUUCAGGUACCAUCUGCCAAGGAAGGCUAUGUAGAUCUGCAGACUUCAAGGAGAAGACAAGAGAGAGAACCUGAUCAGCUGGGCAGUCCAAGGUUGUCCAGUGGCCUCUUCCCCCAGUGGCAGAGCUUGGGUCAGAUUGAAAGUUCAUUACCAUAUUGGUGAUCCACACUACCAUUUGGCAACAAAACAGUGCUAGUUCACAUACUGCAUGGUGAAACCAUGGUGAAACCAGCUGGCAGGUUUUGUUUGCUGUCUGAACAAAUCCAAGUUCAUUAGACUGUGGGACUUACUAAACCAUGUUAUGCUCCUGAAGUUCUUAGCCAAACCUUAUCCUCGAAAGGAAAGAAAACCAAGGUGCAACUUAUGUGUAUGCUAUGUACUGUAGUAGUAGCUUGCCUGUAUCUCAAGUAUAUGCUGCAUUCUUCCUGCUAUCAGCUCUCCUGGGUCACUAGGAGAAAGAAUUGCAAAGUAGUAUGGAAGGCAGUGAUGUCUCAGCAAGCUGUGGUAGCUGUGUGUGAGUAUGUGUGUGUGCACAGGGAUGGAAACAGAAUGUCACAACUCAUUUUGUACCUACCAGGAGUGCAGUAGAUGGUGUCAGGAGGCUUGCUGUGACCCUCUACAUGCUUGUAGCAAAGGCAGGUAGGGAUGCAUGGCAAAGAUUUGUGGCUUUAAUGCAUGUUAAGGAGAGGAUAAUGGAAAAGUGGGAAAACGGGAAGAGGUAGAAUGUGCUACAUAACUUGGAGAUGUGCAGUGUUCUAAUUACUUCUUUCCAAAGCUAUUUUUGUAAAUCUCAGAGAAAGAUCUGUGGGAUAAAAAGGAGACUAAAGAAAAUGAUGCAAAGUGAGUAGAAGUGACCACUGCUUUAAGAAGGCAUCUCUGUCCUUACUGUCUUUGUGAAGCCUUGCAUUUCGUUUCAUAGGUAAGCUUGACUUCACCAUCCUGCUUAUUUAGCAGGGAGAUGGUUGCCUUUCAAUCUUAAAAGAAAAACGUGCCUUUGAAAAGAUUUUAAAGCCACCCUAAUAUGUCAAAAAUAGGGUUAGGCAACAAAAUAAAGCGGUUUGUGAAUUUCCUACUCUGUAGUAUCAUUAGGUGAUUCCACUCAUCACCUGAUCUAAUCUUACAGCAUCUGAUGGUUGAGUGUCCUGCUCCUAGUUGCAACAUUAACUGUGACUUUUCACAAGUAACAUAGGCAAGGUCCUUCAUAUUGAAGACAGUGAAUUAGCUGCACUUUUUGAGAGCUAAUUUCUUUAAAAGAGCAGGGUUGUUACUAUUUUUUUUUCUAGACUGAAUAUAGGCUUGCACAUAGAAAACUGUUCUGGUUUAUUUUACCUCAUUUUAAAUUUUUUUUUAGACUUGAGUAAGCUAAUAUAUAUUUUGUAUGCUUAUAAUUUAGCUUCUGAGCUGGGUUUCAUGCAAGACUUGUUUGAGAAAUUGUCCAGUACAUGCUCAAAAGGUGUGAAUGCUGGCACACCUUUUAUCUAUACAGAAAUGAUGUUAACAUCAAAACAUAAAUCACAUUUUUGUCCACGGCUAAGAAGUAUAAUAGCCUGAGUGUGAAGCUACUUGCAGUGCAGCGAGAUGUUAAAUACUAAGGUGAAAUUAGCCUCCUCCACUAAUUGCACUUUUCCUUAUGUAACCUUUGUUGUUAUGUGUAAACUAGCAUUUUAAGAAUAAAUUUUAUUUUGGUA